GGGAGGUGCUGAACCAGCCGGCCCGCACCGCCAUGGCCGAGCCCGUGCGGGAGGAGCUCUCGGCCCUGGCGGCGAUUUUCUGCGGGCCCCACGAGUGGGAGGUGCUGAGCUGCUCAGAGACAGAUGGGACUGUGUUCAGAAUUCACACAAAAGCCGAAGGACCGAUGGAUGUGGAUAUACCCUUAGAACUGGUGUUCCAUUUACCGAUCAAUUACCCUUUGUGUCUACCUGCUAUCUCGGUUAACUCUGAACACCUGACCAGGGCCCAGUGUGUGACUGUGAAAGAGAAGUUACUUGAGCAAGCAGAGAACCUUUUGUCGGAACCCAUGGUUCAUGAGCUGGUUCUCUGGAUUCAGCAGAAUCUCAGGCAUAUCCUCAGCCAACCGGAAACUGGAAGUGGCAGUGACAAGUGUACUUUCUCAGCAAGCACGACUGUGGAUGAUGGAUUGUGGAUAACCCUUUUGCAUUUAGAUCACAUGAGAGCAAAGACUAAAUAUGUCAAAACCGUGGAGAAGUGGGUUUCAGAUUUAAGGCUGACAGGAAGACUAAUGUUCAUGGGUAAAAUAAUACUGAUUUUGCUACAAGGAGACAGAAACAACAUCAAGGAGUACCUGGUUCUUCAGAAAACCUCCAAAGUAGAUGUGGACUCAAGUGGAAAGAAAUGCAAAGAGAAAAUGAUUAGUGUACUGUUUGAAACAAAAGUACAGAUGGAACACAAAAGGUUUCUGGCAUUUGAAGUCAAAGAGUAUGCAGCGUUGGAUGAGUUACAAAAGGAAUUUGAAACUGCAGGACUUAAGAAGCUUUUCUACGGAUUUGUACUUGGGCUGGUAAAAUGAAAUGGAAGACAGGAAUCUUUUAGUAAAACAGUAGUGGUUUUUUUUGUUUUUGUUUUUGCACUGGAUUUUGGGAGUGGCUAAUUGAAAUAGGCAUAUAUAAGGGAGCAAUUUUGAAGUUUCUCUGAAGCAGAAUGAUAGAUAUCAUCCUAACUUCAGGAACAAAAACCAGUUCUGUUUUAUGAAAUAUUAAAAAUCAAAACACCCUGUAUAUGUAAUGUUUGCCAGGAAAGGCUAGGUUCAAUAGAUGGAACAUUAUUUGAAAGAUAAAUAAAAAAGAUGAUGGUAAAUGAGCCUUUGUAUACAGAGAAUUUGUUUGGAACUAUGCAAUUU